UUCUAUACUAAAAAGAAGCUAAAUAUUAAGGUUAUCGCUAAAGAGUUCGGUAUUAGCUAUAGUAUAUUAAGAGGACGGCUUAAAGGUCGUAAGUCUCGAAACGACUAUAUACCUUACCUAAUAAAGCUUAUUCUCUACUAUCUACUACCUAAAUUUAAUAUACUACGCUAUAAAUUAUCCGGUAUUAUAACCCCUCUCGGAUACUCCGUAAAAAUUAAGCUUAUGACUUUAUCGCUCGUCUACUACUAUACUUUAAAUAUCUUACCUAAAAACUAA